AUGUUGAAGGCCGCUAUCCUCUACGCUACGAUUGCUCUAAGUGCAACAGCUGUACCAACUACUAGAAAUCAUGCCGAACGCAACACCGACCUAGAUAUCAAGCUGUCGGUGGCUAAUGGCCUGCUGAGCUCUCCCACGGAUGGUCGCAUUGUACUGAUUUUUGCGCCCAACGGAACCGACCCGCUCGAGGAUACAGAUGUGACUACCUCCAAGAACAAGAUCUAUGGCAAGAACGUGUACCAAUUUGGCCCCAAGACUGCAGUUGUAUUCUCAGACGGAGGCAGCGACGACGCGGAGAGUGGAGUAUUUGGCUGGCCCAACGUUAGUCUUAGCGACGUCGAACCAGGCACUUACAACGUGCAAGGGUUCCUCACCAGAUAUGAGAGGGUGACACGCAGCGAUGGCUCCAUUGUUAACGUUCGAUUCCCCUGCGUCGAUGGCGCACCCAACGUGAAUGGAUUUGGGAGUUUGGUAACAUCUGUUACUAAGGUUGUAGUAUCUGGAGGCUCGCAGAAACUCGAACUUACGUUCAACAAUGUCACGACUGUGGAUGGGUUGACUGGUAAAGAGAUUGGCGGAUGCAAUCAAGGAAACUAUGCCGAUACAGAAAGGCUGAAAUAUGUCAAGAUCCGCAGCAAAAAACUGAGCAAGUUCUGGGGUCGCGACAUGUUCAUAGGCGCCAAUGUCGUGCUACCAGCUGGUUAUAACAACCAGACACGCUACCCUGUCAUCUAUCAUCAGAACCACUGGGCUGGAGCGGAUGGCGCUUAUGGCUACGGCACAAACAAGAAAUUCACAGCGGCUUGGAAUGCUGGAGAAAUUCCAGCCACUAACAAGACAGCAGCUCGUCCAGCCCCAAAGUUCAUCAUGGUCUCCUUCCGACACGAAUCGCCAUACUACGAUGACUCAUUCAAAACGAUCCGUGCACCCUACGCACGCAUCCAAGAUGGAGGUUCUACGGGCGGCUGGGAGUCGGUCGCCAACGUCAUAUACCGACCGGACCUCUUCGGCGCUUGCUUCAGUUCUUAUCCCGACUCCCUGGAUUUUCACCGUCACCAAGAUAUUGAGCUUUACACGGCCUCGAACGCGUACCAGCGUGCAGAUGGCAGCUUUGUGCCUAGCAUCCGUACACAUGUCAACGGCACUGAGGUUGUUGAAGCAACCGUUGCGCAAGAGAACCAUUGGGAACUUAGCUUCGGAACUAGCUCUCGCUCGUUCAACCAGUGGGACGUCUGGAAUGCUGUUUUUGGAGUUCAAGGCUACAACAACUAUCCUUUGGAGCCUUGGGAUAAGGUGACCGGCGAGAUCUAUCAGGAAGCAGUCGAGCACUGGAAGCCUUUUGACCUUUCCAACUACGUCGUCAGCAACUUCAACUCCUCUCGCAAUCUUGGUACCGCACUGGCAGGCCGUAUCUUUGUAUAUGUCGGUACCUGGGAUAAUUACUACCUAAACGAGGGUGUCAUGGAAUUCCAAAAACGAACAGAUGCAGCUGGUGGGUCGGGGUGGGCAAACGUCACAAUCCUACCCGAAAAACCACACGGUGGAAACUACCAGGCACGCGAGACGUGGGAUUAUCUUGAACUCGUCGAGAAGUGGGUUCUUGACCACUCCCCCUCCGGACCUGCACCGCUUUCCCCGUCGUCAAUUGAUCCCUCCACACGUGGGAAUAUUUGGGAUGAUGUCAUCCGAAACGGCGGUCGCAAAGCCGCUGUGAAGCGGCAAGGAGCUCCUAAGAUUGCAACUAAGCAGGCCAAAGUGGGUCAGAAUGUUACGGCAUCCGUUGGACGCUGGGAUCCGGGAGUCAAGCUCACGGCACAAUUUGUUCUUAACAGCAAGCCUGCAUGCGCAGCUUUUAGCGUCCAGCAAUGUGCAACUGUUCAAUACACUCCAACUGCAAAGGGACAUAUCCAGCUUCUUGUUACAGGCCAGAAGAGGAAUUAUGUGACGGAGACGCGGAAGAGCAAUAGUGUGUUAGUCGGCCGAUAG